UCCUCUGGUCACGUGUCUUCGACUGGACGAGCCGCUGAGAGGAACGGAGGAUACGCAUUGAAGAAGCUGCCGUAAAACCAGCAGGGGGCAGUGAAGGAACGGUUUGGAAGACGGGAAUGAGUAGGAAAGUGUGGAAGACGAAGAAGAGUAGAGGAGCUGUUUCCGUGCGCCAGCUGGUUGGACCUGGAUCUGGGGUCUUUGGCUGUGCUUCAACAGUUCAGGUGAGCCCGCUCUCUGACCUUCCGAACCGGAUUGCUGGAAUUGAUUUAGCAGAGCUAGCGCCACCUGCAGGCCACCUCAAAUUGUUGUUACAUGUGGGAAAGGUUGGUGCAGCAGAGCUAACGGAGGUAAGUGAACAUGAAAGCUAGUUGUUGCUGGAUGACGUGUGCGGCUAGCUCCUGUAGGCCAGUUUCUUAGUGCAGUCUCCGUGGACCUUCGGAUGAUCCAGUAAUGAAACGGUCGCCUUGGAGUAACUUUCGGCGAAGCUGAAGUGCGUGCGGCCGAUUGUCAUCACUGUCACAUAAAGCACAGUAGUCAGUAACCUUCGUGGAUGAUAAAGUCAGAACCAUCGUGUCAUUCUUAGCCAUCAAGCUCACUCAUUUCUUUUUUCUCACUUCAAGAUGGUCUUAAAUACUUUUCCAUGUGCAGAUGGGCUCACGGCUCAUUUUGAUCGAUUUCUUUGGAAAGAUCUAAGAAGCUUAAUGUGUGGAGAUAUUUCUUUUUGCAGAGAGAAAGAAGCUCCCAAUGAAACCAGGACUGAUUACAUUAAUUCAUAAACCUGGAGAAGUUCCUAAACCUGGCCUUUUAAAUAAUUAAAAGCCAAUUACACUGUUAAACGCAGAUUAUGAAAUUCUUGCCGUAUCGAUUGCUGCCAGAUUAAAAAGAGCUCUUUCAUCAAUAAAUCUGUGAAUCAAUCAGGUUUGUUGAGAGGACGACAUCCACAAUACACAAUAGCAUACGACUCGUUUAGGAUCUGAUUGUCUGGAGUGAUUUACUAAAUGAAAGAAGAUUUCUUUCUUUUUUUUCUUUUUUUUAGAUGUUAUGUAUUUUCAUUGCAAACAACGAAGUAGACGCGAUUAAUGUAACGGGAAGUCAGUUGGCUGAUGAUACUAUUUUAAAAAAGAAAACAAAUCAAAUUUCAGCAUCAUUAAGAACUAUAAACACUGUUUUAAAGCUUUAGGGUUACAGUUAAAUAUAGAUAAAUGCAGGAGUGAAUGUGAGUGCGAAUGGUUGUCUGUCUCUGUGUUUUAGCCCUGCGAUAGACUGGCGACCUGUCCAGGGUGUACCCCGCCUAUCGCCCUAUGACAGCUGGGAUAGGCUCCAGCGCCCCCCGGGACCCUGAAAAGGAUAAGCGGGAGCGAAUCGGUGGAUGGAUGAAAUCUUAACUCUGCAGCCAUUGUAUAACGUAAAGGUUAAAAAUGAUGGACAUUCCCAGCAGGUUGGAGGUGUGGCAGGAGCUGGUUGAGAGUUGCGGUCUCAUUACAGUCCAGCAAGGCCUCCAGCAGGUGUGGAGGCUGUUGCUACUCUGCCUGCUCUGCAGACUCUGUUUCACACUGGGUGUGGUGUCUACUGUGAAACAUGUAGUGUCAGCGCUGGCUGGGAUGUUUGGCCUCUUCCUGUUCUUUGAGCAGCACAUGCAGUGGAUUCUGCUGCUCACUGCUCUCUGUUACUUCAUUCUGCUGCUCUGCCGACACUCGAGCAGCCACGGCCUCUUCGUCUCAGGUGUCGUCCUUAUCUAUAUCCUAACAGGAGAGUUGCAUUUAAUUGACACGGUGACCUGGCACAAAAUAAGAGGCUCUCAGAUGGUGGUGGCCAUGAAGGCCAUUUCUGUGGCCUUUGACUUGGACAGAGGUGCACUGAGCAGCCUGCCCUCGCUCACGGAGUUCCUGGGCUAUAUUUUCUUUGUGGGUACUGCCGUCUUUGGCCCUUGGAUCAGCUUCUCCAGUUAUAAGAAUGUUAUUGAAGGCACAAAACUUAGCUGGUUGUGGCUGCAUACCUCUAGCGGCAGUCUAGUGAAGAGUCAGAUCUGUUUGCUAAUCUCCACCUGUAUUGCCCCAUACCUUUUCCCGUGGUUCAUCCCGAUCCAUGGAAACUCUGUCACAAAGAAGUGGCUGCAUGCUUACGAGAAUGCAGUGUCCUUCCACUUCAGUAACUACUUUGUGGGUCACUUGAGCGAAGGCACCAGCAUGCUGGCCGGAGGAGGAUUCACUGAAGAUAAAGACAACACAAGAUGGGAUAUGAAAGUGGUGAAGCCUCUCAGUGUGGAAAUCCCUCGCUCCAUGGUGAUGGUGGUUACAUGCUGGAACAUCCCCAUGUCUCGCUGGCUUAAAACCUGUAAGUCUCAAUCUUCUCUGUCUGUUAAACUUUCCAGAGUGUCGAAUUUAAGGAUGCCAAAAUUUAUUGAACCGACAGAAGCAGAAGCAGACGGCUCUUCUAGUGUGUACACACUGAAAGGGAAUUGCAGCAAUGAAAGAACUGUAGAAUGUGAACCAUCUUUGGCGACUAGAGGCACCAUAAACAAGUACUGAGAGUAUUGUCAAUUGUUACAUUUGUUUCUAUAUAUCAGUGAACACAGGCCUGCCUCUUACUGCAGGGACAACAACUAACACUGUUACUGAGUGAUGAACGUUUAGAGGUUUUAGUAACAACAUAUUAUUCUUAAUAUAUCUCUCUGGGUUUCUGUUAACUCCUUGGCUAGGUUUAAGAGGAUUAAGACAGGCUCUGAGUGUUCGUGAAGAGUUACAGAUGACUAGGAAAGUACAGCUGGAGUCCUGAGGGAAACUGCAGAGGAGGUUUUUGAUGGAACCUCUGGGAAGUAGACAAGGAGACUUUGUGCUGGAAUGAGAAAGAAGAGUAUUUAAAGAAGCUGGCAAAGAAAAAAUGACAUGAAUACAAUAUACAGGAGUAGCGUACAGUAAAAAGAGGUGCAGGGCUCUAGACUAACUUUUUGCCACGGUUGCACUGGUGCACCUUGAUGCCCACCAG